AUGCCUAGCCUCCGGAAGUUGGCCUUCGCCCUGCUGGCGAGCGGCAUCACCCAGGCUGCCGCCUCCGAUGUUACCCAGCUCAAGACCGACACGUUUGCCGACUUUGUCAAGACAAAUGAUGUCGUCCUCGCAGAGUUUUUUGCUCCGUGGUGUGGCCACUGUAAGGCUCUGGCUCCCGAGUACGAGGAGGCUGCUACCACGUUGAAGGAGAAGAACAUUAUGCUCGCCAAGGUCGACUGCACAGAAGAGGCCGAUCUCUGCUCGACCUACGGCGUCGAGGGCUACCCCACCCUCAAGAUCUUCCGUGGCCUCGACAACAUCAGCGCCUACAAGGGCCAGCGGAAAGCGGGAGCCAUCACGUCGUACAUGAUCAAGCAGUCGCUCCCGGCCGUGUCUACGGUGACCAAGGACAACUUGGAGGAGUUCAAGAAGGCCGACAAGGUCGUGCUGGUGGCCUUCUUCAAGGCUGACGAUAAGGCGUCCAACGAGACAUUUACCAGCGUGGCCGAGAAGCUGCGCGACAACUACCCGUUCGCUGCCAGCAGCGAUGCGGCGCUGGCCGAGGCCGAGGGCGUGACCGCCCCGGCUGUCGUGCUGUACAAGGACUUUGACGAGGGCAAGUCAGUCUUCACCGACAAGUUUGACGAGGAGGCGAUCCAGAAGUUUGCCAAGUUGGCGUCAACGCCGCUGAUCGGCGAGGUCGGUCCCGAGACGUACUCGGACUACAUGUCGGCCGGCCUGCCGCUCGCGUACAUCUUUGCCGACACGGCCGAGGAGCGCAAGCAGCUGGGCGACGAGCUCAAGCCCAUUGCCGAGAAGCACCGCGGCGUCAUCAACUUUGCCACCAUCGACGCCAAGACGUUUGGCGCCCAUGCGGCCAACCUGAACCUGCCGACCGACAAGUUCCCGUCGUUUGCCAUCCAGGAGACGGUCAAGAACCAGAAGUUCCCUUUUGACAUUGAGGAGAAGAUCACGCUCGCGUCCAUCCAGCCGUUUGUCGACGACUUUGUCGCUGGCAAGAUCGAGCCCAGCAUCAAGUCCGAGCCCAUCCCGGAGACCCAGGUGGGUCCGGUGACCGUGGUGGUGGCCAAGAGCUACGAGAGCAUCGUGCUGGACGAUGCCAAGGACGUGCUGAUCGAGUUCUACGCCCCCUGGUGCGGUCACUGCAAGGCCCUGGCUCCCAAGUACGAGGACCUGGCCGCGCAGUUUGCCGGCUCGGCCUACAAGGACAAGGUCGUCAUUGCCAAGAUCGACGCCACCGUCAACGAUGUCCCGGAUGAGAUCCAGGGCUUCCCUACCAUUAAGCUGUACCCGGCCGGUGCCAAGAACGAGCCGGUGACGUACAGCGGCCCACGCACAGUCGAGGACCUGAUCAAGUUCAUCAAGGAGAAUGGCAAGUACGCGGCCGACCCGGAGGAGCUCCUGGAGGAGACUGCUGCCGAGUCGACCACCGUGUCUGCCGGCACGACCGCCACAGCGACCGAAGAGGCCGCGACCGAGGAGUCGGUGCAUGAUGAGUUGUAA